CCCACGCGCAUCGGUCGCUAUGGAGAAGUGCUCCCGACGAGCAGCAGAGACUCAGACCGAGGAGGAGCAGGGAGCUAAAGCGCCACAGCGCACAGGGAGGAGAAACCAUGGAGAAAAAAUUGCCGCGCAACAAAACUUUGCCUUUAAACGGACCGCUACCCUUUACGCUACUUUUCAUCCUAUGCGGAUUAACAUGCGCGAGCGCUAACCAAGUGAUCGUACCCGAGAAAGUGAACGCGGUGCUGGGGAAGAACAUCACCCUGGGAUGCAAGAUAGAGGUGGGCUCCAACCUGACCCAGAGCUCCUGGGAGCGCCAUCUGCGCUCUGGCCCCAUCACGAUAGCGGUGUACAACCCCGAAUUCGGGAUCUCAAUCUCCAAGGAGUACGCCGGGCGCGUCUCCUUCCUGUCGGCCUCGGUGCACGAUGCCACCAUCAUCCUGGAGGGGGUCGGCUUCGCCGACAUCGGCUCCUACACCUGCAAAGUGUCGACGUUCCCGCUAGGCAACACCCAGGCGUCCACCACCGUUAAUGUAUUAGUGGAGCCCAAGGUGUACGUGUCGGCGGGCCCCACCCCGCUGCUGGACGGCGCCGCAGAGUCGGUGGUGGCCACGUGCGUGGCGGAGCGGGGCCGCCCGGCCGCCACCGUGUCCUGGGAGACGUCUCUGGACGGCCGCUCGGAGCCGGCCACGCAGGACGAGGCCAACGGCACCGCCACCGUCCAGGCCCACUACGUGUGGCGCCCGCAGAGCCACGCCCAGGGCCAGAGCCUCACCUGCGUGGUGCGCCACCCCGCCCUCACCACCGACUUCCGCAUCCCCUUCGCUCUCAGCGUGCAGUUUGCACCAGUGGUGCGGAUACUGGGAGAUGAUAAGAACUGGUAUGUGGGCCAGAAGGACGUCCGCCUCGAAUGUGGUGCCAAGGCCAACCCCCCCGCCCGCAACUUCACCUGGAUGAGGAUGGAUGGCCCGAUGCCCCACGGCGUGGUGAUAUCCAACUACAGCUUUGCCUUCACCAGACCUUUAGACCGCAACGACUCUGGAGUGUACCGAUGCGAGGUGUUGAACGACAUUGGCCUGCGAAGUCAAGACGUCCACCUUUGGAUACAAGACCCUCCCUCGACCACCGCCGCCCCCACCACCGCCGCCUCCCUCCACCGCGACGCGCCCGGUAACAGCACGGCGGCGGGCGAGCGGCGGGCCCAGCUCACCUCGCCCACCCUGGCCUCGCUGCCGGACAGCAGCCUGGGCACCAUCGUGGGCGGGGCGGUGGGUGGCGUGCUGUUCCUGGCGCUGCUGCUGGUCCUGGCCGCCGUGUGCUGCAUGCGCAAGCGCCGCACCUUCCGCGGCGACUACUACACCAAGCAGUACCUGGGGCCCUCGGACAUGCAGAAGGAGGCGCAGCUGGACGUGCUGCAGCCCCACGAGCUGCAGGAGGUGUACGGCGACAAGGGCAGCAACGGCGGCAGCAGCGGCGUGGGCGGCGGGAAGGGCAGCAGCCAGGACCUGAAGCCCAAGCCCGGGGGCGACGUCAUCUACCCCGAGUACCCCAACGAGCGCAAGGAGCACGACGACUGGGGGGUGGGCCACCACCGGGCGGGCGACGGCCACAGCGACGAGCCGUACUACCCGGAGCACUACAAGAACAGCCACAACGUGCACCCCUGCGGCCCGCCGGUGCACAGCUCCACGGUGAACGGCUCCCCCUACGUGCCGGAGGACUGCUACGACAACAACGGCACGGACAGCGACUACGUGUCGCACAUGGACGGCUCGGUGAUCUCGCGCCGCGAGUGGUACGUCUGAGCGGGG